UUACUCUAUUUAUAUGCGCAUAAAUUUAGACAUUUUAUAAUUCAAUAUUCUAACAACAAAAACAACCAAGAGCACAAGCUAUAUAUUAAGCUUCCGUAUACUACUAGUUGAAUACUAGUGCGAUUGCAUGUUGUAAUAACAAUAGUAUUACAAUGGCUAAUAUUCGAUUAAUAAUUGCUUAUUAUGUAGUGACAUUCGCGGUAAUUUUUGUAAUGAGCGAGGGAUCAUAUGAACUUGAAAAAAAUGGCGGACAUGGUUGGGAGUCUGCUCAUGCAACAUUUUAUGGAGAUAAUAACGGCGGCGAUACUAUGUAUGGUGCAUGUGGGUAUGGUGACCUAUUUCAGCAAGGAUAUGGUCUAGAAACAACAGCUCUAAGUACAGCCCUCUUCAACGACGGAGCAGCUUGCGGAGCAUGCUUCGAAAUAACUUGCGUAGAUUCAAAAUGGUGUAAGCCCGGGGCCGGUCCAAUUCGAGUCACGGCUACCAACUACUGCCCUCCAUGGUACGAAGAAACUCCAGAAGCAUGGUGCAACCCACCGCGUAAACAUUUUGAUUUAACAAUGCCUAUGUUCCUUAAGAUUGCGGAAUACAAAGGUGGGAUUGUUCCUGUGGUUUACAGAAGGGUGAAAUGCCAUAAGAAAGGAGGUGUUAUGUUUGAAAUUAAAGGAAAUCCAUAUUGGGUAAUGGUUUUGGUGUACAAUGUUGGGGGUGCAGGGGAUGUUGUAGGGUUGAAUGUUAAAGGAUCACAAACAAGUUGGACACAAAUGACUAGAAAUUGGGGUCAAAACUGGCAAACGUGGGUGAGAUUGGAUGGUCAAAGUCUUUCCUUCCAAGUGUCUACAAGUAAUGGUAAAACUUUUCAGUUUAAUGACGUGGCGCCGGCGGAUUGGCAAUUUGGUCAUACAUAUGAGAGCAAGAAAAAUAUGCAUUGAUUAAUAGGUAUUGUUUGGGAUUUGAAUAAGUUUUACUACUUAGUUUGUGUGGUAGAUUACAUUUUUAGAAGUUGUUUAGUUGAUAAUUUAGCAAGUAGAUUAAAUUAGUACUUGUUAAUUUAUUAGUUGUUUGUUGGAAGGACAAUUGAUAAUUUUAGUUUUUUUUUAAGUUUAUAGCAAUGACAUUAUAAUGUGUUUACACACUAUAAUUUGCAAUUUUGUGAUCACGUAUGAAUUCUCUC